AUGAGGUGGACUACAACUCCCAGAGGGCCAAGCGGGAGCAGCGGGGCCCUGUACCUUCGCCGCGGCUGGGCGGCUAGUUCAAGUUGCCAUAGCUGCGAGUCUGGGGAGAGCGGAGUCGGUUGCGUUGCGGCGUCUGGUCAGUUACACCUUCUGGGGUCGCCGGUGGCCGCGGGAGCCGGGUGGGGCCUCGGCAAUGAUCCGGCGUUAAGGACCUGGGGUCCUCUUCUAGUUCAGGACACCAGUCGGAACCUGCGACAAGUCGACCAGAUGCUUGGACAUUAUCGAGAGUAUAGUAAUGGACAGGCGGGAGCUAUAGAACAUUUAAAAGAAAGCUUGGAACAAUCAAUAGGCCAACUGCGGAGUCAACGGUUGUCAAGAAACUCAGGAGGGAGAAGUAUUUCUGUUACAAGUCUGAGUACAAGUGACCUCGAUGGUGGCACUGUGACAGACAGCUACCGUUUUCCACCUACCUCACCUCUCAAGGACUAUGGGGAUCAACAGGGUAUUAAACGAAAUAGGUCCAAAACUGGUGUCCGAUUUGUUCCGGAGACUGAUGAUGUGGGCCAGUUUCAUGCUUUUCAUCAGUCCCUCCGAGACCUCAGCAGUGAACAAGUUCGCCUUGGAGAUGAUUUCAACUGGGAACUUGCCAGAAGAAGCCGGUCAGAUGCUGCAACAAGAAGGGCUUUGGAAGAAUUGACUGAAAAACUUAAUGAAGCCCAAAAACAAGAUGUGGUUUCAGAUCGAGUGGAGCGGCGGCUUCAGGAAAUAGAGAAAGAGAUGCGAACAGAAAGAGAGCUGGUGGAAAGACGGCAGGAUCAACUGGGACUUAUUUCUCAGCAGCUGCAGGAGGCACUGAAGAAACAAGAAGCUAAAGCAGAGGAGGAUGAAGGAGAAAUGAAAAAUAAGCUAAGACAAACAGAAAGUGAGAAGAGUAAACUUCAACAGGAAUUGGAGCUAUCUCGAAGGUUACUGAAUCAGUCAGAAGGCAGCAGAGAAACUCUUUUGCAUCAAGUAGAAGAACUCCGUACGCAGCUUAUGAAAGCAGAAGGAGAUCCAAAGGGUUUACAUCAUCAAGUAUCUCAGAUUUCCAGGCAACAGUCAAGUCUUCAGGAUGAACAGGGAGAUGACUGGAGGUUUAGGAGAGGGGUUGAGCGAGAGGAUCUGGAGAAGCAGAUGUCAGAUUUGAGAGUGCAGCUGAACUUCAGUGCAAUGGCUUCUGAGUUAGAGGAAGUGAAGCGGUGCUUGGAACGAAAGGACAAGGAGAGAGUACAUUUGGCAGCCCAAGUGGAGAAUUUAACCCGUGAAUUGGAGGACAGGGAAAAACAGCAGCUAGAGAUGUUGGAUGAACUGAAGGAGAUCCAGAAGCACUUUGAGACGUGUGACGCCAAACACAAGCGCGCUGACCUGCAGAUCACGAAGCUGACUCAGCACGCCGAGGAGGCCACCAAGCAGGCUGAGCAGUACCUUCUGGAGUUCCAGCAGUCCGAGGGCCUGAGACAGGAGGCAGAGAAGAGGAGAGAGGAGCUGAAGCUGAAAGCUCAGGAGUCCAUUAGGCAAUGGAAGCUUAAGCAUAAGAAGUUAGAACGUGCGCUGGAGAAACAAUCUGAAAGUCUUGAUCAACUGUCAGACAAGAAUAAUCAGAUUCUAAAAGAAAAGGAUGAACUGAAAAGCCAGCUUUAUGCAGCGCUGCAACAAAUAGAGAGUCUCCGAAAGGAACUGAAUGAUGUGCUGACCAAGCGUGCCCUUCAAGAGGAGGAGCUUCAUUGUAAGGAGCAGAAGCUAAGUGAUGUUAAGUCUCAUCAAGCUGAUCUUGAACUGGAAGUCAAGGAUUCCCUGGAUACCAUCCAUAGGCUAGAAAGUGAAUUGAAAACACAGAAUAAGAUUCAAAGCCAGUUGAAAGCUGAGAAAACUCACCUGGAGGAACAGAUUGCAGAGCUGAAGGAGAGCCAGACCAAGGACAAAGCUCAACUUCUUGAGAUGCAAGAGGCCAUCAAGGACUUGAGUGCCAUCCGGGCAGACCUCGCGAAUAAAUUGGCGGAGGAACAGAGAGCCAGGAAGGAGGUCCUCAAGAACCUUUCUGACCUCAGGACACAAACGAAAUCUAAAGAUGAGGAAACAGCUACAGUCAUUACUCAGUUAAAGCUUGAAAGAGACAUUCACCAGAGGGAGCUGGAAGAUCUCACAUCAUCAUUGCAGAGUGUGAAAACGAAACACGAACACAAUAUCCAGGAGCUGAUGAAGCACUUCAAGAAGGAAAAGAGUGAGGCUGAGAAUCAUAUUAGGACCCUGAAGGCAGAAAGCUUAGAAGAUAAGAAUAUGGCUAAGGUCCAGCGUUGUCAGCUGGAGAAGCUGAAAUCACAGUAUGACAGACUGACAGAGGAAUUAACCCAAAAUGAAAAUGAGAACAAAAAAUUGAAGCUAAAAUACCAGUGUUUGAAGGAUGAACUAGAAGAAAAGGAAAAACAUAUAACCAAUGAAGAAGAACACCGUAGGAGGAUGGAAGAGGCCAGAUUGCAGCUCAAGGAUCAACUUCUUUGUCUGGAGACUGAACAGGAAUCCAUCCUUGGGGUUAUAGGAAAGGAAAUUGAUGCAGCUUGUAAAACGUUCUCCAGGGACUCAAUGGACAAAUUGAAAGUUUUUUCAUCUAGUCCUGUUAUUAAUUAUGACCCACAUCGCUGGUUAGCAGAGAGCAAGACAAAACUUCAGUGGCUCUGUGAGGAGCUGAAAGAGAGAGAAAACAGAGAGAAAAGUCUACGGCACCAGCUGAUGUUGUGCAGACAGCAACUCAAGAAUAUGACUGAAAACAAGGAAGCUGAGCUUCAGUGUCUCUUUGAACAGAUAGAAAGACAGGAGCAACUUCUGGAAGAGAUACACCGAGAGAAGAGAGAUCUGCUGGAGGAGACUCAUAGAAAAGAUGAAGAAAUGGAAUCUCUGCAGGACCGUGUAAAUGCCUUAGAAACGAGUACCCGAGUGGCUUUGGACCAUCUGGAGUCUGUGCCUGAGAAACUGAGCCUACUAGAAGAUUUCAAAGGCUUCCGAGGUUCCCGCAGUUUAUCUGACAGAAUUGACAGGAGAUAUUCGAAAUACCGAGUUCACAGAGAUUCUCUUCAGCAGUGCCGGGAUGACACCAAGCUCAGAAUCCAAAGCUUCAAAGAUGACAGAAACUUUGCUGAAAGCUCCCAUGCUUAUGGGUUAGAUCAGUCAUCUUGUUGGCAGGAUCACAGUCGCUUCCUGUCUAGUCCACGAUUUUCCCACUUGAACUCAUUUACUCAAAGAACAGUUGCUCCAGACUCACCUUCAAUCAAGGAAGAUGCCCCAAGUUUACCGAUGGAUGGAAGAAGUCCACAACCCAGAACGGAGGAAUACGAAAGCAAAAACAGCAAAAUGUAA